CCUAAAAUAAAAUUCCAAAUCUCAUACUUCAUACAUUAACAUAUCUUAGCCAUUCAUCCACUCACAUUUUGUCACACAACCACCCUCUUUUUCUUACCUUUUCUAUUUAUAGUCCUUCCUUUCGUCUCACUCUCCUCGUUCCACUCCAUUCCUUUCUCCCUCCAUUCUCAGAUUCACCAUCCAAAACCCAUCGAAGAUCAAACCUUUUAGAACCCUAAAAUGAAGGUAAUUGAUAAGAUCAAAGCAGCAGAAUCAGAGAACAAAACCCUUUUCUCAUUUGAAUUCUUUCCACCAAAAACUGAAGAUGGUGUUGAAAAUCUCUUUGAAAGAAUGGAGAGAAUGGUGGCUCAUUCCCCUUCAUUUUGUGAUAUUACUUGGGGUGCUGGUGGAUCUACUGCUGAUCUUACCUUAGAUAUUGCUAAUCGUAUGCAAAACAUUGUUUGUGUUGAAACUAUGAUGCAUCUUACUUGUACUAAUAUGCCUGUUGAAAAGCUUGAUCAUGCUCUUGAUACUAUUAAAUCUAAUGGCUUACAAAAUGUUCUUGCUCUUCGUGGGGAUCCUCCUCAUGGUCAGGAUUCCUUUGUUAAAGUUGAAGGAGGCUUUGGUUGUGCUCUUGAUCUUGUUAAUCAUAUCAGGAGUAAGUAUGGUGAUUACUUUGGGAUUACUGUUGCUGGAUAUCCUGAGGCACAUCCUGAUGUUAUUGAAGCUAAUGGGUUGGCAACUCCAGAAUCAUAUGGGAAAGAUCUUGCUUACUUGAAGCAGAAGGUUGAUGCAGGUGCUGAUCUUAUUGUCACUCAGCUGUUCUAUGACACCGAUGUCUUUCUCAAGUUUGUUAAUGACUGCCGCCAUAUCGGAAUUAACUGCCCUAUUGUUCCUGGAAUUAUGCCCAUUAAUAACUACAAAGGCUUCAUACGGAUGACUGGUUUCUGCAAAACAAAGAUUCCACAAGAGAUUAUGGGUGCGUUGGAGCCGAUUAAGGAUAAUGAUGAAGCAGUGAGAAACUAUGGUAUUCAUCUGGGAACUGAAAUGUGCAAGAAGAUUUUGGCUAGUGGAAUCAAACAGCUGCACCUCUAUACUUUGAAUAUGGAGAAGUCUGCACUCGGAAUAUUGCUGAAUCUUGGAUUAAUUGAAGAGUCCAAAAUUCAAAGACCACUACCUUGGAAACGCCCAGCAAAUGUUAAACGUGUUAAGGAAGAUGUCCGCCCCAUAUUUUGGGCUAACCGACCAAAAAGCUACAUUACAAGAACAAUGGGUUGGGAUCAAUACCCACAUGGGCGAUGGGGUGAUGCCCGCAAUGCUUCCUAUGGAGCACUAAGUGACCAUCAGUUUAUGAGACCACGUGCACGUGAUAAGAAACUGCAAGAAGAGUGGGCUGUUCCAUUGCAAAGUGUUGAAGAUAUUUACGAGAAAUUCAAGAAUUUUUGCCUUGGUAAGCUGAGAAGCAAUCCUUGGUCUGAAUUAGAUGGCCUUCAGCCUGAAACAAAGAUCAUAGAUCAACAACUGGUUAACAUUAAUGCAAAGGGAUUUCUCACCAUCAAUAGCCAACCUGCAGUGAAUGGAGAACGAUCAGACUCUCCUACUGUUGGAUGGGGUGGACCUGGUGGAUAUGUUUACCAGAAAGCCUAUGUUGAAUUAUUUUGUUCAAAGGAGAAGUUAGAUGCUCUUGUUGAGAAAUGCAAAAGUCUCAGUUACAUAACAUACAUGGCAGUGAAUAAGGGAGGAGAUUGGAUUUCAAAUGUGUCCGAGACCGACGUGAAUGCUGUGACAUGGGGUGUGUUCCCUGCCAAGGAGAUUAUACAACCUACUGUUGUGGAUCCUAGCAGCUUCAUGAUCUGGAAAGACGAGGCAUUUGAAAUCUGGUCUAGAUCCUGGGCUCAGUUAUACCCAGAAGGCGACUCAUCCAAGAAAUUGCUUGAGGAGGUGCAAGGCAGCUACUACUUGGUCAGCUUGGUCGAUAACGAUUACAUCAACGGAAAUCUGUUCUCUGUUUUCGCUGAUCUUUGAGAUGAGUAUUACUUGUAAUCCAAUUCUCCUUUUGCUUAUUUGUAUUGUACAAGUAUACCCCUUGGGCAUGAACUUUAGUCCAUUGUUCUGAGUGGUGUUCUCAUUAGUUAUAUUUGAUGUUUCUGAUAUCAUAAACUUGUGGGAUUUUGCUGUCUCCCAAGCCCCUCCCAAUGCAAAUUACAUGCAUGGUGAGUUGUUAUUUGAUUCUAUACUUCUAUAAUAUAAACUUACUUGGUUCUUA